GUGGCAGUCUAUAUAAUGAGCAGAGGCCGUUACGUUGGGCGUAGUGCUCUUUUCUUCUUCUUCUCCUUCCCUCUCUCCUCUUCCUCCUCCUCAUUUCCAUCGUUUGUUUCUCUCUUUGCAUUUUGGGGUUCUUCUGAUACACAUUUUUGUUUGGAGGGAGAGGAGGAGAGUGGAAGCGCCGUCGUAAUGGCAAUGGGGGCGGGUUCGAAGAAAUGGGUGGUCUCUCUGUUUUCGGUUCUCCUGUUUGUGCUGUUCGUCGGAGCUAUGGCUAGAGUUCACAAAGACGAAACCCCAAAAUUGAGUGAGGAGGUGGAGAAAGAGCAGUUGCAGAGCUCACCAAACUCAACAAUGGCGGCAAAGUUGGGAGGAAUUGAUGAGGAGGGUUUGAAUGAACACGCCGUGGAUGACCCAGAAGAGGUUGCAAGAAUGGUCGAAAUGGCCACUAGAAAUAGCACCGAGAGGCGUAACCUGGGAUUUUUCUCGUGUGGGACGGGCAACCCUAUUGAUGACUGCUGGCGUUGUGACGCCAACUGGCACAAGAACCGGAAACGACUUGCUGACUGUGGUAUUGGUUUCGGGCGCAAUGCAAUUGGUGGUCGUGAUGGCCGAUUCUAUGUCGUCACUGAUUCUGGUGAUGAUGACCCUGUUAACCCCAAGCCUGGCACUCUUCGUCAUGCUGUCAUCCAGGACCGGCCUCUCUGGAUUGUGUUCAAACGCGACAUGGUUAUAACAUUGAAGCAGGAACUCAUCAUGAACAGCUUUAAGACAAUAGAUGCCCGUGGAGUGAACGUGCACAUUGCGAAUGGAGCGUGCAUUACGAUUCAAUUCGUUACCAAUAUUAUUAUUCACGGCCUCCACAUCCAUGACUGCAAACCUACUGGAAAUGCCAUGGUGAGGAGCUCGCCUACACACUAUGGUUGGAGGACUAUGGCUGAUGGAGAUGCCAUUUCUAUCUUUGGGUCGAGCCACAUUUGGGUUGAUCAUAAUUCACUCUCUAACUGUGCUGAUGGUCUUGUGGAUGCUGUCAUGGGAUCCACUGCCAUUACCAUUUCUAAUAACUACUUCACCCACCACAAUGAGGUUAUGUUGUUGGGUCAUAGUGAUUCCUAUGUCAGAGACAAGCAAAUGCAGGUGACCAUUGCUUACAAUCAUUUUGGCGAGGGCCUUAUUCAGAGAAUGCCAAGAUGUAGACACGGAUACUUCCAUGUUGUGAACAACGAUUACACUCAUUGGGAGAUGUACGCUAUAGGCGGAAGCGCAAGCCCCACCAUCAACAGCCAAGGCAACAGAUAUCUUGCACCUACCAAUCCUUUCGCAAAAGAGGUUACAAAGAGGGUCGACACGGCUGAAGGUCAAUGGAAGGGUUGGAACUGGAGGUCUGAGGGCGACCUAAUGCUCAACGGUGCCUACUUCACUCCAUCUGGAGCCGGAGCAUCAGCCAGCUAUGCCAGAGCUUCAAGCUUAGGUGCUAAGUCUUCCUCCAUGGUUGCAUCUAUCACUUCUGGUGCCGGUGUUCUUGCUUGCCGCCGCGGCCACCAAUGCUAACAGUCUUACCCUCACUAAACAAAAAAAAAAGCGUCUUUUCUUCUUCUUUAGCUUUCCCCCUUUUUCAUCCAUUCACCUUUUUUCCUGUUAGAUUCCAAUUCACUCCUUCCAAGCACUACCUUAUUAUAUCCACGAUUGUUUGUCCAUCAUCCAUUCACAUUGGCAAGUGUACAUUUUUUACACAUGUCCAGUACCUUAAUCCACUCUUCACCAUCCAUCCAUCCCCACACCAUCCCAUUGUUGCCCAACCUCGGCCUGCUUCAAUCAGAAACAAAAAACAAUACUAUCCCAGAGGCAGGUGCAGAAGCGUUGUCCAAACCAUUUUUCUUCUUUUGUCAGUGCUCAUCUUUAUAUGAUCUCCUCUCCUCAGUCUCCCCUCAGUCUACAGAAAUUGUGUCGGCUUCCUUCCUUCCGGUCUCCAUAGGAACUAAACAAUAUUGUAAUUUCUUUCUCUUUUAGCUUUCUUGAGUGAUACAAGCUAUAUAGUGUGAAUGUCAAAACUUUGAGUUAUGGAAAAAAGAAAAAAAACAACCAGACCUUUGUAGUGGAUGAUGAUGAUGAUGCAUAUUAGCAAAGGUUCAUUUUGCCUUUUGAUUGUUUACUCUUUUUGGGUUUGCCUUAAUUUGUCAAUGAAAGCAAUCUUGAUGUUGGUGUUUGAA